UUCACCUUAUAGCUGAUCUAAACAUAUCUCUGUUACACUAGAUGCUUCAUGAGAAACACUCUUGUGGGCUGUUUGAGACUUGUGUGCUGACCAACAAUGUUGGAUCAUGCCAUCCAGUGGGAAAUGGAACGUGCCAAAUCGCAGGUGAUCCACAUUACAACACCUUUACCAACCACACCUUUAACUUCCAAGGCACCUGCACCUACACCGCAGCUAGAUCGUGCCACCUGGAGGGCUCACGGCUCAAAGCCUUCUCUGUGGUUGUAGAGAAUGAGAAAUGGACAAUGACAGAUACGCCAAAUGUGGCUGUAGCCAAGCUUGUUGCUGUGAAGGUGUACAACACCACUCUAGUCCUCCGAAUGAAUCAACUCAGAACGAUCAUGGUGAAUGGCACCUUGUUAACCAUUCCUCUUAACCUCAAUGAUGGACAAGUAGAAGUCUUCCAAGAGGGCUUUCACUAUGCUAUUGUAACUGACUUCGGACUGAAAGUGACUUACGAUAUGAUCUACAAAGUCACUGUCACUGUUCCUGGCAACUACAAGGGCAAAACCUGUGGUCUGUGUGGCAAUUUUAAUGACAGCGAGCCAGAUGCGUUAGAACUACCCGACGGAAAAAUUACCAAGGACCUCCAGACCUUUGGAUCAGCAUGGAAGGUGGCUGUGCAGGGGGUGGUCUGCGAGGAUGGCUGCAGUGGAGACCAGUGCCCUAAAUGUGACGCCACACUAAAAAAAAUCUUUGAGAAAGAUUGUGAAAGUAUCACAAAUCCUACUGGUCCCUUUGCUGCCUGCCACAGCCAAAUAAAUCCUGAGUCUUACUACAGAGAUUGUGUCUAUGACGUCUGUAUGUCUCAGGGACGCAAAGACGUUCUCUGCAACAGUAUCUCAGCGUACGUGACUGACUGUCAGACCAUCGGAGUAAAGAUUGACAACUGGAGGACGCCUGAUUUCUGCCCUAUUACAUGUCCUGCAAACAGUCACUACCAGAUCUGCUCUGAAACCUGUGGCUCUCCGUGUCCUGGUCUCACCGACACCAUCAGCUGCCCCGCCACUUGUGCUGAAGGCUGCGCCUGUAAUGAAGGAUACUACUUCAAUGGGACAGGCUGCGUUGCCCUGGACGAAUGCAGUUGUUACCACAAUGGACGUACCUACAAGGCAGACAUUGGCAGAAAUGGUAGUUUACGCCUGUUAGAUGUCUCUACACUAAGCUAA